AUGGCUGAGCCUACAACCAUCCACACGUUGGAGAUGGAUGAUGAUCGAGAUCCCUCAGUCCAAGGGUUCAUCAACAACACCCUCGCAGCCUUCGUACACGGACUCUCACAGUCCCCGACAGAAGCAAACAUCUCCAUCACUCUCAAACGCAGAGCCAGCCCAACUGCUUGCGCCAUCAACACCCUCACCGGGGCAUUGGAACCGAUUCCGAGAGUUGAGACGUACAGGAAAUACUCUUGGCCAGGAAAGACGGCACACGAAGCCUGGAAAUUUACCGUGAUCCUUCGAAUCCUAGCUAUAUUGGACCAAGCUAUUCGAACAGGCCAGUUGAUCUCCAAAAGAGAUAUAUACUACAUCGAUCCGGAGUUCUUCCGCGUGCAGUACAUCGUGGACCACAUAGUUGAUGACCUGGCGUACACCAUUGGAGUGAACAGAACGGCAUUGAAUGUGGAAGCGGCAGCAAAAGGACUGGUGACGGGAGACUAUCGGUUGAUCCGAGGCUCCCACAUUUUGAUCGAUGCACACUCUGUCAUUGAGGACAGUUUAAUUCCUCGCAUAGAGAACGGAGACAAGAUUGAUAUCUCGCGCAUCCGCUGGGUACUGGUCAUCGAGAAAGAGGCAGUCUUCCACCGGCUCGCACGAAUAAGUUACCACACCAGAGCACUGGCAGGGGAAGGAAUCAUGGUCACGGGCAAAGGCUAUCCCGAUUUCAUGACACGAACCUUCCUGCGUGCAAUUUCCGACUCCGCAUCCAAGCAGAGCAGAAGUCAGCCCCGUUUCUAUGCCCUUACCGAUGGUGAUCCCCAUGGGAUGGCCAUCAUGUCGACGUACAAGUACGGCUCGGCGGCACACUUGCACCAAAAUGCUCGGCUCAGCAUACCGAGGCUGCAAUGGUUGGGUCUUCGAGUGACAGACAUCAUAGCAGUUCCGGAGGUACUUGGUGACACGGCUCUUCUCUCGUUGACGAUGCAAGACCGCAAGAAGAUCAUGGCUAUGCUUCGGAACAGUCCUGUCUGGGCUAGCGACGGACCGGAGCCAGAGUGGCGUGCUGAAUUGCAGCGGAUGAUGAUUUUGAACCUGAAGGCGGAGAUUGAGAUAUUAUAUGGGUGUCAGGGGGGUUUGGAGGGGUGGAUUAAUCGGCGUAUGUUUCGGCAGGAGUAA